GAGCAUGGGAUGCUUAUCUGCAUCACCAUUUUUCGGUAGUCAUGAAGAUCCUUUUAAGAUUUAGCCGAUUUGUUUUCAUGAGUAAAGGUAAAAUUUUAGGUUUGAGGUGACUGGCGGAUAAGGCCAAACACAAUUUGUAUUUGACCAAUUAAAGGUUACUAGAUAUCACACCAAUCGCCAUCACGAUAUAAAGAUCACAUAUUAGUAGUGCAGAAACAGUAGGCGUGUGUGUGUGUGUGUGAGUGAUAAAAAGGAGAUAGAUUUGUAGCUGGAUAUGAGAGAGGUUGUUUGUUGGACAUGGAGAAUUGCCUUUAUUCUGGUUGGGCUCAAGAGGCUGAUUGCACUCAAUGUGAUGCAGCACCUGUACUUCCAUGGCUGCCACCUCCUCAUGUUUCUGCCUCAUUCCAAUUCCAUGGAUUCCCUUCAUGGUCUUUACCCGUUGAAAAGAUGGCAACAGAGGAUAGAUCAGAUGAGAGGACUGCAACAGCUUCCAAGAGCCACAGCCAGGCGGAGAAGCGGCGUAGGGAUAGAAUCAACGCGCAGCUUGCCACUCUCAGGAAGCUAAUCCCCAAGUCUGAAAAGAUGGACAAGGCAGCUCUCCUAGGAAGCGUAAUCGAUCAUGUCAAGGAUCUGAAGAGACAAGCGAUGGAAGUGAGCGACGUUUUCACAGUUCCAACUGAAGUUGAUGAAGUGACCGUGGACUGUGAAUUUGAUCAAGGAUUAGUCCCCAACAACACCAUUAAAACCCCAGAGAAUAUCUUCAUCAAAGCAUCCGUCUGCUGUGAAGAUCGUCCAGAGCUGUUCUCAGAGCUCAUCCGAGCUCUCCAAGGCCUGAAACUGACAACGAUUCGAGCAGAUAUGGCGAGUUUGAGUGGCAGAACUAAAAGCAUUCUGGUUCUUUGCAGCAAGGAUGACAGCAACAGUGUCUGCAUUAGCACUCUCAAACAGUCCCUUAAAGUGGUUUUGAGUAGAAUUGUUUCAUCAUCCACAGCUUCAAACUACCGCAUUACAAGCAAAAGGCAAAGGUUCUUCUUGCCCUCUAAUUUCCCACAAUGAUCUUCUUCUUCUUCCUCCUCCUCCUCCUCCCUCAGAUCUUCCCCAAAUUUCUGGUUUUUCCUCUACUGUAAAAAAUGAAAUUUCCCACCAUUUCUGGUGAAGAAAUCAAUCAUGUGGUGCAUACUAUUCAUAUGAAUGAUAUGGGUUAUUCUCCCCCUAUAUAAGAAAAAGCAAACUUCUCAUUA